AUGAUUCGUCUACUUUUUGGGAUAACGUUUGCCGUAUCAUGUUGGAUCCUUCAAACCUACUCGGUGACAUAUGAAGCCAAUUUGAAUGAACCAUAUAGUGGUGAAAUUUCACAGGAUCAGAAAAUUGAAUACCAGUUUACUCUUGCAAAUCGUAGUGAAUUUGUUAUUCGAGUACAUGUAGUAAAUUACAACCCGAAACUAGAUUAUCCUAUGUUAGUGGUGAUCAAGCAAGUGGACAAUGUAAUGUCAUUCCAAGCACCAAUGGUUCUUAAUUCUAUAUCAGUACACGGUAACGUUAGUCGCACACUGUGUCCAAUCAAAUUACUGCCUGGAGCAGUUCGAAAACUCACAGUAGAGUUGUCUAAUGCUGUUAAACCACCUGGAAAAGUGCGUUACAUGUUUCUGGCUCAGUUAGUUCCUGAUUUCGAUUUGGAGCCGGGCGUUGAAAGAAGUAUAGUAGUCUCACCUGCUGAACCUAUCUAUUUACGAUACCUUUAUCCUCCAGAAAAAAAUUCAGCAGAAAUUAAGGUUGUUUCAAAAAGUGAUAUAUGUAUGGUUUUGUCUAUCCAAAAACUGCAGUGUCCUGUCAAUGAUUUAUCCGAUACAGUGGGAAACACUGGGUUACAUCAAACAGUCACUACUUUGGGUGCAAUAUCCAUUGAUGUGACUCAAUUCCUCAAAGGAUUUUUCCUCGUUCUAGUCUUGAAACCAACAGACUAUGCUUGUUCCGGCAUCGAAGAUCUAAUUCCACCAUUACCAGAUCAGGGCUUAUUUUCACAUGAACCACAGAUAAAUCUCUCAGGAUCUCGAAGUAAAUCUGUUAAAAUACUAAUUAAUUCAACACAUAGGAGAUGGCCGUAUUUAUUACCCAUACUUGGAGCUGUCGGUAUUUACUUGCUUUUCUACGUUGUCACAAUUAUUAUCAUAUUACUGUAUCACAGAGCAGAAAGAAGAAAAAGAUUUCUUGAUGUACUUAACAAUAAGUUGACGGCUAACUUUGAAUGUGGUUCAGACUGUGAUCCAACUGUUUGUUCUGUCAAUUUGAGCAAUUCUAACCUUUUUUAUGCCAAUACAGCAGCAUCUUCCUCCUGUUCGUCUACUAUACCAGUAAAUACAGCAACUUGUUCAAAAACUACUUCCAGACCUAUUGAUCCACGAAUAUCUACCAAUUUGGUUAACCGAAAAGAUAGAUAUAAUUAUGGCAGUAUAUUCAAUUCCAGUCAUACUGAACUACAUCAUAAUGUUAAUAGUAAUAGUUUACAGACUCAAAGUAUUCCUGUAGAAUCAGCGUCUUAUGAUAAUGCUGUUGUAUACAAUAAAACGAAAAUAUCAUUAGAGAACUACAAAAAAAUGAAAUCUAUCAAUAAUAUGAGAAAACGUCCGUUUACCUCUGGUCCAAAUAUAGUAAAAACUUCAUCAGAUAGUUUGAACAUACUUAGACCGUCUCAUACUGAUAUACACCAUCAAGUAUUAAGUUUACCACAAGAUUAUCAGAGUAUUUCAUUAAAUAAUUCAAUAGAAUCUAGUCUUCAUUUUCGUAGUACAAUUCACCAAACACCUCUAGUUGAAAUACAAGGCUCACACGGUUGGUUCAGUUCCACAGAUGAUGAAGAUGAUUAUGAUGAUAACAAUGUUGUAAGUGGUGGUAGUUGCAUCGGUGCUAAUAAUAAAAUUCAAUCAAGAAAACAAAAGAAUCAUUUCUCCAAUUUAAAUCAUCUUACUAAUAGUACUACUAUUUCAGACAAAAUACAAAUACCAACACAUUCUACAUAUUCUACAAUGAUUGGUCAAGAGAUUCCUAAUACAUCUCAGCAAUCAGCUGUUGUACAUUCUAACAAUACUACUGUUAAUACCAGUCAUGAGAUUAAUAAUAAUGAUAAAAAUCGAAAUGAUAAGCCAGAUUCUGUGAGUAGUAUUGGUUUAACAGAUGAUCAGACAGAUGUAAAUUCAGAAUUUAUUCCAAUGUAUAAGAUGAAUGUGUUAUUAUAUGUAUCAGAUUUGUCUAAAAAACGUUAUGGAACAUUGAAUAGAAAAUAUUUACUUUAUUUCUGGUAUUUAAUCAUCAUAUCCAUUUUCUAUGGAUUACCAGCAGUACAAUUAAUCAUGACAUACCAAAAGGCUGUUUUUGAAACUGGUAAUGAAGAUUUAUGCUAUUACAACUUUGAAUGUGCUCAUUCACUUGGCAUCUUCACGGCGUUUAACAAUAUUAUUUCAAAUAUUGGCUAUGUUAUGCUAGGAUUAUUAUUUCUUGGUUUGACUGCCCGACGUGAUAUUCUUCAUAGGCGAUCCAAAAAUUUAAACCCAAACUCCCAGGCUUUGGGUAUACCGCAGCAUUAUGGUUUAUUUUAUGCAAUGGGUUUAGCAUUAACUAUGGAAGGUCUAAUGAGUGCAUGUUAUCAUAUGUGCCCGAAUUUUUCUAAUUUCCAAUUUGAUACUGCUUAUAUGUAUAUACUCGGUAUGCUAAUAAUGUUAAAAAUUUAUCAGACAAGACAUCCUGAUGUGAAUGCAUCAGCGCAUUCAGCAUAUAUGGUUAUGGCUGUAGUUAUUUUCCUCGGUGUUCUUGGUGUUUUAUAUGGGAAUCAGAUUUUUUGGAUUAUAUUCACUAUCUUCUUUCUAAUUAUGAGCGUUAUAUUAACUGUUGAAAUUUAUUAUAUGGGUCAGUGGAAUAUUGAUUUAUGCCUUCCAAGACGUAUUUAUUAUUUAAUUCGUACAGAUGGAAUUGGUUGUCUUCGUCCAACUUAUUUAGAGCGUAUGCUUCUUUUACUUAUUGCUAAUCUAGUUAAUUUCACCUUAGCCGGUUAUGGCAUAGUCAAACGACCAAGAGAUUUUUCUACUUUUUUAUUAUCAAUAUUUAUGAUCAAUUUAUUGAUGUACACAUUUUUCUAUGCAAUUAUGAAAUUAAGACAUCGUGAACGCUUUCAAAUGUUAUCAUUAGUAUACAUUUUACUAACUUGUAUAUCUUGGGGUUGUGCAAUUUAUUUUUAUUUUAAUCGAACAACCACAUGGGAAGUAACUCCUGCUCGUUCUCGUGCACUUAAUCAACCUUGUGUUUUAUUGGAUUUCUAUGAUGCACAUGAUGUUUGGCACUUUUUAUCUUCAAUAUCUAUGUUCUUCUCAUUUAUGUUAAUAAUGUACAUGGACGACGAUCUCUCAAAACGUCCAAGAAAUCAGAUUUUUGUUUUUUGAUCACUAACUACUACAACUAUGAAGUUAUUGUUCAUAGAUAUGAUUAUUCAAUGAAAAUAUUCCACAUCUGUAAACGCUAUAUAAUUAUCCAUGAUCAGACAAUUUUUAUUGUAAUUAACUACUUUAUCAUUAUCAUUUGUGAAUUUUUAGUGAUUUUCUUCCCAUUAAUUUUGUUUGUCCAUCUUUUGUGUUUUGAGUAUGUUUCCAUUUUUGUUUGAUUCAAACUUAUUGUAUAGGAUGUAUUGAAGUGGAUAAAAGAAUCUAUAUAU